CUCAGCCCAACUGGAUUCAGAAAAUCAGCGACGUACACGCAGCCAUAGAGGAAAGCGUCCGAGCGAGCGGGCGGCCGAAGCCCUCCUAUCGCUGGCUGAAGGAUGGGAACCCACUGCUGCCCCAGGGCAGAGUUCAGCUAGAGCAGGGCUCGCUCACGAUAAUGAACGUCAGCUUGUCAGAUGCCGGCAUGUAUCAGUGUGUAGCAGAAAACAGACACGGCACCAUUUUUGCCAGCGCAGAACUGAGUGUCAUAGCUGUUGGUCCAGACUUUUCCAAAACUCUCUUGAAAAAGUUAACACUUGUUAAAGUGGGCGGUGAAGUAAUCAUUGAGUGUAAGCCAAAAGCUUCCCCCAGACCUACUUAUUCUUGGAAGAAAGGAAAAGACAUCCUAAGAGAAAAUGAAAGAAUCACUGUUUUGGAUGAUGGGAGCCUGCGGAUUGUCAAUGUCACCAAAUCUGAUGCAGGAAGUUACACCUGCGUGGCCACAAACCACUUUGGGACAGCAAGCAGCACAGGCAGUCUGGUUGUGAAAGAUCCAACCCGGGUUAUGGUGUCACCUUUCAGCAUGGAUGUCACUGUUGGAGAAAGCAUUGUCUUGCCUUGUCAGGUAUCUCACGAUCACUCGCUAGAUAUCGUGUUUACCUGGUCAUUUAAUGGAAACCUGAUAGACUUUGAUAAAGAUGGAGAUCACUUUGAAAGAGUUGGAGGGCAGGAUUCAGCUGGUGAUUUGAUGAUCAGGAGCAUCCAGCUGAAGCAUGCUGGGAAAUACGUCUGCAUGGUGCAAACAAGUGUGGACAAGCUAUCGGCUGCUGCAGACCUGAUUGUAAGAGGUCCCCCAGGUCCUCCAGAAGCCGUGACAAUAGAUGAAAUCACUGACACCACCGCUCAGCUGUCCUGGAGGCCAGGAGCAGACAACCACAGCCCUAUUACAAUGUAUGUCGUCCAAGCAAGGACCCCCUUCUCGGUGGGAUGGCAAGCGGUGAGCACAGUUCCAGAGAUCAUUGAUGGCAGAACAUUCACAGCAACAGUGGUGGGUCUGAACCCUUGGGUCGAGUAUGAAUUUCGAGUAGUGGCUGCCAACCUGAUUGGGAUUGGAGAACCCAGCAGACCUUCAGAGAAGAGAAGAACCGAAGAAGCUCUUCCUGAAGUGACCCCAGCUAACGUCAGUGGAGGUGGAGGGAGCAAGUCUGAGCUGGUCAUUACUUGGGAGACAGUCCCCGAGGAGCUGCAGAAUGGAGGUGGCUUUGGGUACGUGGUGGCCUUCCGCCCCUAUGGCACCGUCAGCUGGAUGCAGACCGUCGUGGCCUCCCCGGACGCUGCCAAAUACGUCUUCCGCAAUGAGACCUUGCCACCCUUCUCCCCCUACGAAGUGAAAGUGGGGGUGUACAACAACAAGGGGGAAGGGUCCUUCAGCCCCGUGACAGUCGUCUACUCAGCGGAGGAAGAGCCAACGAGAGCCCCGACCACCGUUUUGGCCAGAAGUCUUUCCGCCUCUGACGUCGAAGUUUCUUGGGCUCCUCCUCGGGAGAACCAGCACAAAGGAAGAGUACAGGGAUAUGAGGUCAGAUGUUGGAGACACGAUGAAAAGGAAGAAAGCGCAAAAAGGAUUCGAACGGUUGGCAAUCAAACGUCGACAAAAAUCAGCAACCUGAGAGGCAACGUGCUCUAUCACUUGGCCGUCAGGGCCUACAACACGGCCGGGACCGGCCCCUCCAGUGCUGCAGUCAACGUCACAACCAAAAAGCCACCACCAAGCCAGCCCCCCGGGAACAUCAUGUGGAAUUCAUCCGACUCCAAGAUCAUACUGAACUGGGAUCAAGUGAAAGCGCUGGACAAUGAGUCAGAAGUGAGAGGCUACAAAGUUUUGUACAGGUGGAGCAGGCAGAGCAGCACGUCCAUCAUAGAAACGAAUAAAACCUCUGUGGAGCUCUCCCUGCCGUUCGACGAGGACUACAUCAUCGAGAUAAGGCCCUUCAGCGACGGGGGCGAUGGCAGCAGCAGCGAACAAAUCCGAAUUCCAAAGAUAUCAAGUGCGUACGCGAGAGGAUCCGGCUCUUCGACCUCCCACGCCUGUACGCUGUCGGCCAUCAGCACAAUAAUGAUAUCGCUCACAGCUCGCUCCAGUUUAUGACAAAAAUGACACAAGGACUUCUUGUUUAUAAUAUAAGCAACAUUUAGCUAGUUGUUUUGAAGACACCCAGUACUAAGUAAUAUUGUGGUCUGAGUACAUCUUACUACUGGAAAAA